UUUUCGUCAGUGUUCCAACCGAAGAUUCGGAAGUGAUUUGAUUCCUCUUAUAUCGUCGGUAUUUUUUCAUCGAAUCUGCAACCAAUUUAAUCGUGCUCGGUAUCGCACGAUUCGCCUAUAUUCUUCUGAGUGGAUCAAUUUCUUAUCGGGCCAGGUGUCACGACCCCGUAAACCCGUCGUCGUUUCAACACGACCGAUUGCUGGUAGAAACUCCGGCAUUCGGCGAUCAUUCCGAUCCUAUCUUUUCUGUAUAUUCGUACUUAAAAUACGCACAAGAAGUCGAUCGUCGUUCGAAACCAGCGUGUUGGACCAGCAGCACUGUCGUCAAUCGUGUGUAGCUAUGGUUUCGCGGGUAGUGCGAGAUAGUGAAAGAGAAGCCGUGAAGUGAAUCGAGUGUGAGUGCAACGGAGAGAAGACAUCAAGAGAUAUACAUACGCGUAGUUGUUGCUAGUGUACAAAACGGAGAUAGUAAACGCACGACAGAGGCAGAAAAGGAGAAAGACCAGCGCACGAGAGAGGGAGUGCUACUCGAGGAAGAGGGAAGGACGAAACUCGAGUGUGGAGAAGCGCGAUACGGUGAUAGAUAAGUAUCGAGUGACAGACACGGCCGGAACGAAGGAACGAACUUGCAGUAGGUAUAUAGGUACUUGGAAAGGGAGUGAAUCUGUAGGAACUGCGGUGCCAGAGGGUAUACUUAUCGAACGUCACAUUUACGCGAGAUAAACAACACGCGCCGACGGUAGACCCGUUGCGCGAGUCUAUUCUCCCUCGUUCGAGAGUAACAUAGUGGCGAGAUACCGUCUUUCUCUAAGCCGAGAACAACAGAGAACUACAGAAGUGGAAGGGAAGAGCGAAGAGGGUGAGCCGCGCGUGUCUCUCUCGUGGUGUGUCAUGGGGUGUUUCGGCAGCCAGAGCAGUAAGGCCAGCCAGGAUGACAGUAAGAACCAGAAAAGGCGCUCGGAUGCCAUUACCAGGCAAUUGCAAAAGGACAAGCAAGUUUAUCGAGCUACCCAUAGGCUCCUUCUGCUUGGAGCGGGAGAAUCGGGGAAGAGCACCAUCGUCAAACAGAUGAGGAUAUUGCACACGGAUGGUGGCUUCAGCGAAGCGGAAAAGCGGCAAAAAAUCGACGACAUCAAAAGGAACAUCAGAGACGCGAUAUUGACGAUAACCAGCGCGAUGAGCACGCUAACACCACCCGUUGCUUUGGAAGAUCCGGCGAAUCAGAGCAAAGUCGACUAUAUCCUGGAGGUCUCGUCUGCCACGGACUUCGAUUAUCCCCCGGAGUUCUACGAUAUUGUCGAAACCCUUUGGAAGGACCGGGGCGUUCAACAGAGUUUCGAGAGGAGUAAUGAGUAUCAACUAAUUGACUGCGCCAAAUAUUUUCUAGAUAAGGUAGCCAUCGUUAAGCAACCGGAUUACACACCCACAGAACAGGACAUCCUCAGGUGUCGAGUCCUUACGUCCGGUAUCUUCGAAACGCGGUUUCAAGUCGAUAAAGUAAACUUUCAUAUGUUCGACGUUGGUGGUCAACGCGACGAGAGGAGAAAGUGGAUACAGUGCUUUAACGAUGUAACGGCAAUCAUAUUUGUAACAGCAUGUAGUAGUUAUAACAUGGUACUCAGGGAGGAUCCAACAAAGUUAAGACUCAGAGAGAGUUUGGACCUCUUCAAAAGCAUUUGGAACAAUCGGUGGCUUCGCACAAUUUCCGUAAUCUUAUUUUUAAAUAAACAAGAUCUAUUAGCGGAAAAAGUAAAAGCAGGAAAGCACAAAUUAGAAGAUUAUUUUCCAGAAUUUGCGCGAUAUCAGACACCGGCUGAACCUGGGGUAGUGCCAGAUCCUUCGGAACCUCCUGACGUUAUGAGGGCCAAGUACUUCAUUAGAGACGAAUUUCUUCGUAUAAGCACAGCCAGCGGAGACGGUAAGCACUAUUGUUAUCCGCACUUUACAUGCGCCGUCGAUACUGAGAACAUCAAGAGAGUAUUUAACGAUUGUCGGGACAUCAUUCAACGGAUGCACUUGCGCCAGUACGAGCUCUUGUGACUUCGUUCCUGCCGACAUAUCCUGUCAUGUAUUCGUAUAAAAAUUACGGUAGUGCUCCACCCUGAGCUAACUCGAGUCAAACCAGUCGUACCGUGGGCGAUCUGAAUGGUAUCGCGAUGUACGAUGAUAUACAUUGGUGCGUGGAACUCUUCUUCGCGUAUCUGAAGCCGUUUAAUUAUUCAGAAAGUAACGUGUCGAAGACUCCGCGUGUACGCAUACAUGAUUGAUGGCUGCGAGUCGAUCGUUCUUCUUCGACAAAAUUCAAGGAGAAAAGUUGAUACGCAGCGGUUGGGGGUUACCUAAAAAAAAAUCUGUCUCGCAAUGGAGAGAAUAGUUCUCUUUUUGCACAGAAUCGCUUAUUAUGUCAUUGGUGUACAAGCAAAUUAUGCCCCUGCGCAUUCUACUUUAACGAUCGUUUCGACAUAAAAAAGAGAAAUAUCUCGGGCAUUUCGAUCACUCGACUCCUUUUUUAAGUUUCGUCGAGAGUGUGCUGAACGUCGUGAUUAGGGGGAGGAGAAUAAUAUUUGUUGCUAGAAAAACAUGUGCAAUUUUAACUAUUACCUCGUUAAUUUUAUUCUUAUUACGCAUCAAUUCGUUGAUAAGAGGAAUGGGAGAAAGAAAGAGAGCGAUUGAAAGAGAGCGAAUGUUCUAACGUGGGUCAUUGUUAUAGAUUAACACGACGGCGAUCGUGUAACGACUCUUUCGUCCGGCACACUCGUCGCGUUAUUAUCUCGUUCAGAUUUAGUAUUAAGAAUGUUUCCUAAGACUUAGGUAAUUUCACCGAUAAAAAUCCUUAUCGUUGAACGUUUCUUUACUCAUUUUUCGAAUCUCUAUUUUUCCCUUGCCCCUUAAAACAAUUUAAUUAUAUGAUAUAACCGUGUUUAUUGGUAAACUAAUUUUUUCGAAUUUCCGAAUCUCGACUUUUAAUCGCAUUGGCCCGACCCGUAGGAGUCUCAGCCGCACCUUUUUACAAGAAGAGUAUUUUGUGAGAUUUUACAGUAUUUCGAAGAGCGUUUUAAUUAUAUAACUAUGUAUCAAAUAUGUACAGGGUGACCGUCCACGGAUUCAUGUUUUUAUGUGCGUUUCCUAUAAAUCGAGAUUCCUCACUGAUAUCGUUUUUACUGAUUUCCAUUGAACUACUUUAAUUCGUGUACUUAGGCACAUAUAUUAUCAUUGUAGCUAGUAUCUACAUAUAAAUCCUAAACGUACGCAAGACAAAUGUGCCACGUGGGAAAUUCAUUUUACACGUACACUUCUGACUAUAGCGUUAGGCUCCAACAUUACAACAAUCAAAGUACGUCAAUGUGAACGUUAUUACAUACGGAGGUAUAAUAUGUUGCUUAUUUAUUCGACUUCGUAACGUAAAGUCCCGCGUCCCGUUUUCGAGUAAAUGCUUUAUGUCCCGAGAGUAUGCAAUGGUAACAUGUACAAAUUUCGAUCGAUUCAUCCAAAUGAUCAGUUAUCAUCGGAACUUCUUAGGGUAAAGUUUCCUGAACCAAAGUGCGAUGUGCGAAUUUCUUAUCUCAAGUAUCUUUACUAUUUGGACACCCUGUAUAUGGUAAGUCUCCUAUUGUUUUCUUUCGAAUCUUAAUCGUAUCUUUCCUUUCACAUAUUUUUUUCUCAAUUUCAUACCAGAUCCAGAGGACGAGAGGAGUUUGUACGCGUGUGCAAACUGCUUUGGAACUACGCGCAUUGCGGCUAUAUCUCGCACGUGCGUACACACGUGCAUUCUACUGCUAUAAAUAUAUAAAGUGAUGAAUUGAUACACGUAUUAGUAACAGAAAGAAAAAGAUAGAAAAUUCUUCGUGGCAGCACGUUCACUCGCAUACAUACACCCUCGUACCCCUAGAUUAAGUGCGGGUUACUGAUCUGUGUAACAUCUACUUUUAUAAUAGGUAACGAGAGUUUUUUUUAUCGUCAAAUUAAACUGAAUAAAAUAGGGAUACGAAUAAGCCACGUUCCGGUUUAUGUAACGCAACGUAAAUAUAUUGGGGCAUCCGGUCUUACUAUCCUUAUUAUCGUCUUGUUUUAAACGUUUUUCUAAUAAAUUUGAUCAUGUUCACUCUUAUUUCUUCCUUUUCUUUCAUUACGAUCGAUCACUUCUUUGUGAAGCAGAAGAGAUGAAAAGAAAAUUGUUCAUAGAACGUUUCUCGGAAGGAAGACAAACUCUGGCAGUUUGAUUGAUAUUUCCCUUUUUUAUUUUUUAUAUGACUACUCGGUCUUGCGACGUUUUCUCUUUUUUGAAACUUUACGACAAUGGAUCAUUCUUCUUUUCGUGUCCUUUGGAAACUGUUCUUAUCCAGCAGUAUGGAUAAUCUGAUUAUUUUUAAUCCAUUAGAUAGUGUUCUAUCCGAUCAUGUUUAAAUGUUGUGGCUAUCGAAACGAUGAGGAUAGAAAUUCCGGACAUUGCAUAACGGUUACUCCGCACAUGCUGACAAGCCCACACCCUCAUAAAUGUAUUCUCAUGUAAUAUCAAUAUAUGGGCCCGUGUGCAUACAUAUAUAUGUAUACCUAUCGUACUAAUACAUAACUGACAAGCCAUAGUUUGUAACGGUAUUUAUAACUUUACGAAGUGUUAUUUUUACUGUAAAACUUGAUGACAGAUGUAAGAGUGAAAGUAAGGAUGUUAGGGAGUGAGAGACAGCGAGCCUGCGAAUAUACAUAUAUAAUAUUACCUGUCAAUGAAACUUCCGUGAAACUUUAAUGUUCAUCCAGCACAAAGAAAUAUGAAACAUCAUUUUGUGUAUGUCAGUGUACGAACGAGUAACGAGUAUUGCGUAAUUAAUAUUGUUGCGAGCAUUCUUACGCGUUUUAUUUUUUCGUUACGAUUUUAUUUUCUUUCCCUUUUCUUUCGAAUGGAGAAUCGCGUUCGUCCUAAUUUUGAAUGCUUUAUUCAACGGUAUUGAACAACAGAAAAAAAGGGAAAGAAAAAAUACGAUAUGAUUGACCAUAACGAAGGGAAAAGAAAAAAACAAAUCACAUACAAAAAUGUAUUGAAGAAGUAUUGGUAGAUUGAUUGUCCGUUUUCGUCGGUCGCGAUACAAUAAAAAAAACACAACAAAAGUAAAAGAUAAUAUAUAUACUUGCUACUUGAAUGUAAACAAAAUUUGUAAGUGUAAUGAUGAUCGACUAUUGUAUGCGCGUAUGCAAGCGAGAAACAAACGGAUACCGAAUUAAUAAUUAACUAAUAAAUUUUACGUGGCCACGAUUAUACCGAUAUAGAUAUACAUAUAUACAUUAUAUAUACUUACAUAUAUAUAUUAUAUAUAUUGUAUACAUACGCCGAUCGCACAAGUUCUUUUCUUUUAUUGUACGUACAAUAUACCAGGCAUGCGAAUAUGUACAUGUGAAAAUAAGCGGUGCAAGUAAUUAUUAUUUGUAAAUACAAUAAUGACAGGUUCGUACGGAUGGGAAGCAAUGACGCAUCGAUAGCAGUUCGUCGAAACUAACUUGAAAUUGUGCGUUUGAUUAAUGGAUAUAUACUAUUCGGUGUAGUGUUCAUUAUUGGAGAACAUCUUGUGUUUAUAGAUCGCUUAACCACGUAUAGGAAUGUGUUUGCAUUUAAAUAUUUUGACAAUGAUUGCGUCUAUUUUUAUUUUUAUUUUUUUUUUCCUUUUUGGAACGUAACGAAGAAUUGUCGAAGCUUCUUUUUUUUUUUUUGUUUUCGUCAAUGCUGAAACAGAGUCAAAGGGCCCAGUCGUGUUUUGUACGAAACGGACCACUCCCUAUUUCUUCUUUCCUCGCGAUCCCCGUCGUGCAAAUGCAAGUCGUCGAUAAAACACGAUGCAGCACGUCGUCCACGAAGCGCAUUAUCCGCUUGCAUUUCGCAAUACUCUUUGUGGACCACGUUGCUAAGAGAGCAUUGCCUUAAAAAGCGAAAGUCAAAGUAGAUGGAAUGGGCAUAGUUGGAAUCGUCGUAACGAGAGAUAGAGAUACAAGAUCUGAUGAAGCAACGUUAAUAGUGAUUACCGUCGAUAAAUAAUUAAAUGUUCCAGUUAAAUUCGAUUCGUGGAUACGAUUGCAUCAUCCAGAUCUUUUAACUGCCUCGGAAAGAACGAAUUACCGAGAAAAAAAAAAUUGACAUCCUGAUUUUCAAUUCGUUACACCUUUCUAACGAAGUCAUGGAACGUUUGCUCGUAGAUAAAUACGUGUUUUAUGCUAUCAUGGUCGCGUUUAUGUUAAGGAUACAGAGUCAUUUAUUGUGAUCGUCUUAUCGUUAAACUGUUAUUCGAUAAAAAAUUGUCUCUACACGGGCAGAUUUUAUUGAAACGGAAAAUGUAGUUAUAGUACUAUUAUCAUUAUUCUUAUUACCAUUUAUUAUUGUUAUUAUUAUUAUUAUAUUAUCAUCGCUAUCAUCGUCAUCGUUUCAUUGUCAUUAUCAUCGUCACUCUCAUUAUUGUCGUCAUUAUUAUUGUAAUUAACGAUUACUGCUGUAAUCAUUGUUAAAAAAAAAAAGCUAUCUUCGGAAGAAAUUAGAUUCAUCUAUCCAAUCUAGAAUAAUGUAUUUAUUUAAACUGACCACGAUCAGUGCAGAUGGAAAAGUGAACAUUGUAACGCUGUGUUUGAAUUGUGGUUGUCUUUCCAAUAAUAGAUAUAUUCGUCUUUCAUACAUCGUAGUUAUUUCUGUUUGAAAAGGGAAACUUCGAUCUUUCGUUAUUAAAAGAAAGAAAGAAAGAAAGGAAGAACGAACGAAAAUCUAGAGAAAUGUCAUACCUUUACGACGGACAUUUGUCAAAGAUCCGAUCAUAGUCCCGUGCAUAAUUCUAAUACGAUUUAGUAAGAAACGAAGUUUUCAGAAGUCUUAAUGCAAGGCGAAGGUCGUCUUAAUGCAACGUGAACGACGUAUACAUCUGCGUAUAUGCAUAGAGACUGGAUAAUCGUUCUGAAAGUUGUCGGAAUUAGUAAAUCGAUGACGCAUGCACGAAUGCAUGGAAAGUCAAUAAGUUCAAUCGUUUGAGAUUACAAUAAUCGUUCAAAUAAAUAACAAUGCAUGUUCUACAUAUGCAGAGAUGCGAAGAUAUUAUUUUUAUUUCUCGUUAAAUUAUUUUCACCGAGAAAAACAUAGAGGGCCAGGAGAGAUGGAAACGUCUCUCGCUCGAAUACGCGUACCAAUCUGUCUUAAUUGAUUUGAAACAAAGAUACGUACGUUGUUAUUUCCUUCGGUUUUUUACUUUUCGAUAUCUUUCAUAGUAAAGUAAAAUUAAUUGCUUACGUCGAAUAAUUACGACUUGCCUCGGAAAGUUCUUUGAAUAUUUUCGCUAAUCGUUUUGAUGUAUGUAACGAACACGUUCGUGAUUAACAAGCAUUUUAUUAGUAGAAUGAACGUGUAAACGAAAUACGGUCUCAUCGUGAAAGUAUCACGAAAUAUCAAGAGCGGUUCCCUGUAAAUUCCCCAAAUGACGACAUAAUCUUUCCAAUACCACCACUUUACCCUCCCAUCCAGUCAUUCGAAUUUACGAAUAGGCAAUAAAAAAAUGUUCCACUGUCUUUUAUCUAAAAUAUCUUGUCAGCCGUUAUAAGUCAUGGUUGCAAAUUGUCCCUGAUCGUGAAUCGUGCCUGAUGUAACACUUAUUUCAAUUGUUUUGUUGAUUCUUCAUAUUUGAUGGGAAAUCCAGAUUGCUUUAAUAGUACUCUUAGGAUCAUCAAAGUAAUCUUAUAUUGGGAAAUCGUGCGUUCUUUUGUAAUUUUUCGUUGAUGAGAUUGCCGGGUCACGAUGCAACAUAAAACCACUUUGAUUCGAAGACUUAUCGAAUGAAAUUGUGAAAGACAAGAAAAGGAGCUGUCUGUGCCUCGAGCACAGCAAUUAUCCUAUUCGUUAAACAAUAAACAAACACACGAGAAGAGUUAUGGGCUCUUGCCACAUACUCUGUCAGAGUAAUUUAUAUAAAAAUAUAGCUACAUGUAUAAUGAUCGAUCGUUGGUGUUGUUCGAAGUCUUUUUUCUAGUUUUUAUCGCAUUGUUCGCUAGAAUCCAAAACGUUCAAGAAUCACGAGCAUUCGUUUGAUACGAGGAUAAUAUCGUUUUAUAAAAUUACGGAAUUUAUAUCCGAAUAAAUAAAAAUGAACGGUGAUCGAAGUGAGAUGUUGUAACUUGGAAGCUGGCGAACAUUCUAUUGGAUAUUACAGUUAUUUGAAAACUGAUUGAAAAUUAUGUAAAAAGAGAAGGGAAUAUAUCUUGGCGAUCUUAGGGAUGCAAAGAAAGAAUAACGGAUCACUUAAUUGUUCGUGUGUAAAUGUAUUCAUGUAAUAAGGUAUGAGAACUGAGAAACUAAGAAAGAGAGAGGGUGAAAAGAGUUUUACCAACUCGUCGAUAAGUACGUCCACCCUCCCUUCUAAAUAAAAAAAAAACCGGGUUUCCUCCCUGAUUCUUAAUGACUUCGUUGUUGCGUGUAUCUUAGAAGUAUGUUUAGCUGAAGACUUAAGAAAGAAACUAUUGAUGCAGACGCAAAACUAAAAGCGAAAGCAGGAAUCAUCGGACAGUAAUAUUCGAAUAAGCACUAAUUAUAUACGAGUGAAUGAAUAAUAACGCGUAUACAGAAAAAAAUAUACACAUACACAGAAAAAUAUGGAAUAAAAAAUACGUGUGAUGUAAAUGAGUAAUAACACAAGAAAUUCGUUAGGAAACCAAAUUAAAUGUUGCCCGCCCCAUGAUUUUUCUUGGUAUUAAAAUGCUGUGUCCGCAUGAGAACCAGCACGGAGAAUUUCUUUUUUAAAUCCUAGACUAACGAGUAUCUAUGAUAUAACUGCGUAAUAAAAGGGCAAAGAAAGGAGAUACAUAAGCCGACGAACAUUGCGUACAAUCCAAUCAAAUGAAAAGAUAUGGUUGCUAUAUAAAAUAUGUGAACAAGUAUUGAUCGUCUGAGUCGUUUAGUUGUCGAAGCUAUUUAAGUAAAAAUCGUGGGGUGGACAUGUAGUAUAUACAAUAAACUGAUAUAUAUAUAUAUAUAUAAAUAUAUAAAUAAGUAUAUGUAUAUAUUUAUGUCAUAUAAAUAUAUAUGUAUAUUAUAUAAGUAUAAUUCAUGUUGAGUUAAUGCGAUCGAAUAAUUCCGCGUGUGUGAUAGCCAGUGUGCAUUAAAAAAAGGGAAGAAUGAUCCGUACGACUGUAAAUGUGUUUUUAAAUUACAAGAAGAUACAAAAAAUAUUUCAUUCUCAUUCUGUGAUGACUGUCUGAAUAUGAAGGGAAAAAAGAAAUGUUUUCAUGGAUCUAUGCUGAUUAAUCAAUUAAAUUAUUAUAGUGAAUAAAAAGUUCGGCUCGUGUUGUAUUAAUUGUGCAAAAGGAAUAAAAAGAAACCAUCUGCAAGUGUGAAGAUACAUGCGUCUCGUUCGCUCGUGUGAAUAACAUAAACGUGUUAUGUCCGUGUAACGUGUGUUAACACGUAAAUCAUAUACACUAUUUAAGAAAGAAAGG